AUGUCAACAAAGGACAAUAAUGGUCAAAAAGAGGAUACGAUACAAGAGGAUUCAAGUAGAUUUCAAUCGGUGGAUGAUCAGAAACUAAAGGAAUAUAAUGAUAACAGUCAUACACCUUUAUUAUCAAAAUCUCUCUCUGCUCAAACAAAUAGUAGUGCUAGUAGCAAUAGUAGGCGCAUGAGACCAGAUAAUGAUUUCGCGCCAAAGAAAGGAAAAAGACCCUAUCCAAUGCUCAGGGUGGAUCAAUUAUCUGUUCAAGAUAUCCAAGCCAUUCUUAUGGAGAACUACUCCCUUCGCCAGGAAAUUGAAAUCAUGAGUCAUCAAUUUCAUGUCGAAAGGAUGAACUUGCAACGUCGCUUAAGACAUAUCAUGGCUCGAAAUCAAUAUUUGGAAGAGAUGCGAUGGUCAAGCAAGAAAAGACAUAGGCAAAAGCAGGAAUCACCAGCAGAGGACCUGAAGAAGCAUUUACCUGAAAGAAGAAAGUCCUUUAGCGAUGUAGAUGGAUUAGGUCCAGUUUAUCGUGAUGACCAUCCUUAUCUUGUCUAUCGUGACAUGCGCCCUUUUGAUGAUGGUUACUAUAAUGAUGAUGAAGACGAGCAUCAUGAAGGUAUGAUUGAUCAAGACGAAGAACUGGAUGACAACGAUCUUGACGACGACAAUAUGCGUUAUUAUAAGCCACUGAAGCAUCACCCUUUCCCCCUUUUACAUCCUCCGCCGCCACCUCCACAUCCCAACUUUGGCCCAAUGCCGCCGCCGCCUCCUCAUCACAUCGGUUAUCCUCCUCAUCAUCAACAUCCCCCUCCACAGCCAUGGAUGAUGAAUGAUAUACCCUAUGAUCCACCUUCUUUAUACAGAAAGAGAUCAAAGAGUAAAGGUAGAUUCAUUCCUAACGAAGACGAACAUCAUGAAAACGAAGAGUCUAUUCUGCACAUGAUGCAUCAAAUGGCGCUUGGACCACCUCCACCUAUUCCAAUGCUUCCUCCACAAUCCCCUCUUGUUCCACCCAUGGUUUCCCUACACAACAAUAAUCGUCGACGUAAAUCUUCGUCUUAUAUCUGA